AUGCUCUCUCGAGCAGCCAAACCGACAGGUUAUACAGAGCCUUCGGGUCUUGCUGCAGUUCGCGCUGCUGUUGCUGUCACCGCCCCUAAGCUUUUGCUGCUGCAGCAGCAGCAGCAGCAGCAGCAGCAGCAGCAGCAGCAGCAGCAGCAGCAGCAGCAGCAGCAGCAGCAGAAGCAGCAGCAGCAGCAGCAGCAGCAGCAGCAGCAGCAGCAGCAGCAGCAGCAGCAGCAGCAGCAGCAGCAGGACUGA